AGGUGGCGGUAAUGCACACCAAAAAGCUGCUUGCCCAACUGACAGUAGAAGAAGAAGACGAAGAAGAAGAAAACCGUAUUUGAUGGAAAAGAUAGCAGCACUAUGGUCGUGAUUGUUUUUGCGUUCUUACUACAUUCGUACAUGUACACAUAUGUCCCGUAAUUGACUAAACAUUUAAUACCGGUUUGCACCCGGAAGUCUUAACGCCCUUUGAAGCUUCUCGAGCCAGUUUAGCUUGCUAGUUGCUAACAAAGAGACGUUAUCAAGAGAAGUUAUCAACACAUCGCCGAGCAGAAGGUUGCUACGGCUAAUUGUUGUGGUUGUGUGAACAUGUGUGAAAGAACGGUAGAAGAGUACGAGGAGGAUCUUUCCCAAACAAAAGAGGAGAACAAGCGACAACGUAAACAAGUGGACGUUGUUGUCGAGAAGCAUCAAGUUGUUGUGGUACACAAAUCAGACGUCAGUGAAAAACAUCUUCCACCUGCGCAACGGGAACGACAGCCCCCCCACAUAAAAGAGGACAAGGAGGAGCCACGCAGCGUCAGUCAGAAGGGAAAGCAUCUUGAAGGACUGGAUGAGUUCCCAGUGAUUGGUGUCCCUGUGACGAGCGAAGAUAAUAAAGACAAAGGUCAAAGUGAGAAAAAGGGAAAGGCGGAGCCUCCGAGCGGCAGCUCAACUCAACACAUGACAACAGAAACCGGUGGAGACCACUGCGGAGCAUCACAAGCAGACACCCUCUUAGCUCCUCUAUCAGAUAGCGACGACACAACGUCUCACUCUCCUGACAGUGACGAUGACGACUCUAAAACCGAUGCGACACGUCACACUUACAACACACUCUUUACAUGCUCUCAAUGUGACAAAACCUUUAAUGACCGUAGUAAUAUGAAAAGACACAUGAAAAAUCACUCAGGAGAGAAACCUUUCAUGUGCUCGGUUUGUGCUAAAAGAUUCUCUCAGAAGUCCCACUUGAAUGAACACAAACGAACGCACACUGGAGAGAAACCUUUUACUUGCUCAGUCUGUGGUAUAAGUUUUAUACGGAGUUCAGAUUUAAAAAGACACACGAGGACGCACACCGGGGAGAAACCUUUUACCUGCUCAGUGUGCGGUAUCGGAUUAACUCAGAAGUCACAUUUGACCUCACACAUUCGAACGCACACAGGAGAGAAACCUUACACCUGCUUGUUCUGUGGCAUACGUUUUUCUCUGAAGUCAUCUUUGACAAAACAUACAAGAGUACACACCGGAGAAAAACCUUUUCCAUGCUUGGCGUGUGGUAAAAGAUUCUCUAAGAAAGACGGCUUAAAAAGACACACAAUAGUACACACAGGAGAGAAACACUUUCCUUGCUUGAUGUGCAAUAAAAGCUUUUCUCAUAAGACAACUUUGAUAAGACACACGAGAACACACACUUGAGAAAGAAACUUUUUCUGUUCAAUGUGUGGUCGGCCAUUCAGAAAUAGUACAAACACGACAGAACGUAUACAAUCCACACUGGGAAAAAUAACUUUUUUAAAGUACACAACCAGCUGGAUUUCAAAGAAAUUUUUAUUUUGUAAAAAGAAUAACUUCUAGUGAUGCCAGCUGAUAUUGUGAUGAAAUGUUUGCAAUAUCCAUCCAUCCAUUUUCUGUACCGCUAGUCCUCAUUAGGGUAGUGGUAAGUGUGCAAUCUGAUCAUCUGUCACAUUUAGUCUCAAAAAUUGAACAUUAAAAAAUCAAUAAAAACAUAAAUAAAAAGAAUAACACACAAACAACUAUGU